AUGUUUCUCGGCAGGCAAAGCAACCGAUCCUACGAGUACGACUCCGUCCCAGAUCACUCCAUCCGGCUUUUUGAGGUCAAUGUUGAGAAGUCGACACGGCUGCAGAGUCUAGUGGGUUCCCUGAAGCAGACAAAACUGGAUCAGGUGCCGCCAUUCCUUGCCCUCAGCUAUCAUUGGGGAAAUAGCGUCAAAGACAUCCGUAUCGACUGUGACGGAUUCCAUUUGCAUAUAACUGGGGCACUGGCAGAUGCCCUUCACAGGCUGUUGUGGUUCUAUCAGACGGGCGACAAUCAAUACCACUUUCCCACACGGCUGUUGUGGAUCGACCAAGUCUGCAUCAAUCAAAAUGACAUUGACGAACGAUUCCAACAAGUCAGACUCAUGGGAACCAUAUACUGGCGCGCUAUUCGUACCGUUGUCUGGCUGGGACCGAGUUCCCCGACAUGCGAAGGAGGCUGGCGGCUGGUUGAUCAGAUAUACGACGUUUUUAAAGGCGAAAAUCCUAGAGCGAAGCAGAUCGGCGAUAUUAGAGUUCAGUUUUACUCGAGGAACGACACAUCCAGUACGGGCUCACCCCCUUGA